AUGUCUGGCACUACCGGUGCCGUCCCGUCAUCGUCGGCGUCGUCACUAGAUCAGGUGGCUCACUUACCGUCACAUAGGGCUCAGGUGGAUUCUGGUACCACAUCAUCUUCAAUUAGCAUCAAUUCUGAUGAGGAGCUAUGCUCAAGUAGUAGUGGUGCUACCACGCCUCUCCCAUCAUCUUCUUACUACGAUAUCCAGUCUCAACAUCCAUUAGAGCACACCUGGAGCUUCUGGCUCAUGUAUCAGGCACAGACUAAAGAUAAGAAGGACAACUGGAAAGGUACUCAGAAGCGGGUAUUGGAUUUUACCUCUGUAGAGGACUUUUGGCGAGUAUUCAACAACGUAUCUUCGCCUAGCCGACUGACCUAUGCUGACUAUAGUGUAUUCCGGCAAGGCAUUGCCCCGAUGUGGGAGGAUGAGACAUGUGCCAAGGGCGGCCGAUGGGUAGUCUCAGUAGAUCGACCUAAUAGGAGGGGAAGUAUCGAUGAAUCAUGGUUAAAUAUAUUGUUGUCGUUAAUCGGCAGUGUUUAUCCCAACCGUGACACUGGAGUGGAUGCAGUAUGUGGUGCUGUGUGUUCCGUCAGGAAGUAUAAUAUACGUCUAGCGUUAUGGAUAGGGACCUCAGAUAAGGAUGAGGUCUUGCGAUUGGGAAGCCUCUUCAGAGACGCUAUUGCGCCGUUGUUUGCCUCUUCGGGCUCAUCUAUGGAGGAUAACUUGGAGGGUAGCAGAGCCGAUAAGCUCCAAGAAACUGCCAGUCGGCGGCUUCCCUCGAACAUGUCGUUCGAGUACUUUACUAGGGACCCUUCCCAUGUUUCAUUAGAGCUCUCUCUAACCACUAAGACGGAUGAUGAGGAGGAGAAUGGCGACAAGGGCGGCGUUGACGAUGAUACGCCCAAGGCCUAG